UCUUUACAAUUAAUGCAUGUGCGUUAUGCAUGUCAUACAUCCAAUAAGAAAUAGGAAUCAUGUAAGUUAAAGUGAUGCAUGCCCGCGGAAAAAGCUGAAUCGAAUGUAAUGCACAAUUUCAUGGCCUGCGUAAUUUUGCAUCUUUUGACUGCACUGAAUGCGUUAGUGUUAUUUAUGUGUGUACGUAUUUAUGCAUGUCUGUAGCGAAAUUUGGACGAAUGUAUGCAAAUGUAAGGCUGCAUGUGAGUGAAAAUUAAUGUAGACUAAUUUUUUUACAUUCAUAACGCUCAACAAGUACAUUCCGAAUUCGUUGGCAAAGGGUGUCAGUCCGCCGUUAUGUAUCGCAAGUUGUACGAUUGCUACUUUUGUAGAAUUUGUGGCAGACAACGCCGCCACUUGCAUUGCCGGGGCACGUUGCACUAUUUUUUGACAUAGGUUUCUCAGUUUCAGCAUGCAACAAGAGUCGGAAACCAUGGAAGGCCUGGCAGACUCGGUCACCAUUGACAUGAGUGCGCCCGAAAGGGACCCACUGGCCCUCGACUUCGUCCACAACAGUCCGUCAUGUGAUCCCCUGCAUGAUUCGAUUACGGAGGUCGUAGUUGGUCUUGGUCAAGGAAGAGAGUCGGUCCGCGAAGAAACCACAGCACAGUCCCCCACCAGGCCUGACGCAGCUGUCCCCCCCCAAACCAAGCGACGACUAUUCCAGGACAAGAAGCCAAGCGAAGAGGAGGGCCAGGAACAAGAGUCAGAACAGUCUGACGAAUACUCCGGCAGUGAGUACGUUCAAGAAGAAGAAGACAGCCAGUCCGGUGCGUCGACUUCGAGCCACACAGACAGUGAGCGUCAGAAGCGACCUCUCCGACCACCUCCAGCUUCGGACAGUCCAGAGAUGGCAGACGCUCGUAUGGAGCCGGCAGAGGACGACGAACUUGCUGCGCAAGUGGCAGCUCUGAGGACGAGGAACGCUGCGUUGGCAGCGGCCAAGUUGGAACUCGUGCAGCGGGUAGCCUCCCUAGAAGCAAAGAAGGCCCGUCUCAUGGAGGAGAACCAAACGUUGCGUGACGAAGCGGCUGUCAACGAUCAAAGAGUGGCUCACCUCAAGAAGGCUCGGAGGGAAUUCAAGCACCAGAACCUCGAGACGGUCCACUCUCUCCAACAGGCGGUCGCUGAGCCUGGAACCAGCAAGCACACAGAGGCCACUUACUGGACCAACAUGAACGCUGUCGGCCAACGACUCAGCGAGCACGGUUGGCAGAAGGUUCUGCUGAAUGACCCCAACCUACCAAAAAAGGUUCCAUCGUGUGUCACUUCAAAGAAGGGCAACAUCGGCAUCGAGCAGGACGACAUCGAUGAGUGCUACGAGGAUGGCAGCGGAUCCUUGUACUCGGUGAUGCGGCACGUGGCAAUCAACCUCUUCAGGAUCGAGAACCUCCUGUAUUUCAGCUACGGAGGCACCAGGAGCACAAGGCGGCAAAAGGCAACCAUGGCACUUCCCAAAGAGCUGAAGAAUGAGUUUCUCGACCUGGCCGGAAAAAUCAUUGCCAACACCAAGUACAAGUGGUACAUCAGGUCGAAAGAGGUCACCAUCAAGGAAAUCGACAUCAAGCGCAUUGCCAAGAAAGCGCUCAUCAAUCUGAUGACGGAGCGGCGCCCAAAGUUCAAACCUACCAAAGAAGACACAAGUUCCUCAGAGUCCGAAGACGAUUCGGAUUAAUUUCCAUGUCCGAUACUGAUUGGCAGCUACCUUCAGUUACAUUUUGCAUUGUAAUUAUUUUCAUAUGCGUGAUACACUGCUUGUUACCACAAAUAAAUUAACCAUUCCAAAAAUUUCAUUGUUUUCUUUAACAUUCCAUGGCAUUGCUCGCAGCAAACACGAUUUUAAUUUCUACAGUUUGUCGCAAUUUCCAUAUUGCUCUAAUACAAUUUUUUCAAUUGUUCGUGCAACACGUUUCGUUAUAAACAAAAUCACGCUACGUUAACCCUUUCCCUCCGUUGCUGAUUGUUUUCCGACAGUUAAAUUGAACUGGAUCUGCAUUGCCGUGGCAGCGUAACCGCCAUGGCCGAAACAGUAAUUUUCGGAUUUUGGCCGACGAUUUCGAUAAAAAUUGCUUCGCGAAUUAUUCCGCGAAUAAUUACACAAAAAUUAAGUGGAUGUGGUGCGGAAUUAAAUUUUUUUUUUCCGACAGUUAAAUUGAAC